AUGUCUGGCAGCACCAUGACCGGCUCCCUCAGGACCGUCGCCAGCGGUGGCACUCUCGCGGCCGUAUUCGCCAGCGGGUCCAACGUCUACCUUCUCUUCGCGACCAUCAAGCCCGACGACUCCUCUGCCACCCUCACUGAUUUCUUCACCAACAACGCCACCGCGACUCUCACCUACGCCAGCCUCAAUGCCCUCACAGGAACCGACAUCGACAUCUCCGGCAACGUCAACAAGGCCAGCAUCAUCCUCGCCCUCGGUACCGGGCCCACCAUCUCUGCUACGAUCCAGGGAUCUCCCGUGAAGGUCAUGACCGCCGUCUCCGGGAAGGGAACCUGGCUGAAGAUCACACCUCAGACCACUGUUCCGACCAACUCCAUCACCGGCUCCGUCUUGUCCCUCGCGGACUACAGUGCCUUCGUUGGCGUAUUCGCAUACACCAGCACUCUGAACCAGCAGGCCAUCCCCACCGUCUACUACUUCACCUCUUCCCUCACUGCCUCGCCGUCCUUCACUGGACCGCCUGGACCGUUCAGCUCCAGCGGUGCUGAGGUCGAUUACAGCAACAUAAACGCCUUGGCGGGACAGCAGAGUCUCAACUCGGACAGCACGCUCACCAUUUCGGCCCUGUCGCUUGGCUUGAGCGACGGGAUCGGUAUUUCCGCGACUGUCGACCGUCAGUUCACGUCGAAGAUCACCCUUAGUGGUGCUGGCAGCUGGUCGGCGUUUACCGUGACGGCUUGA